AUGUCAGUUUAUGUGAAAGGUGGCGCAUGGACCAAUAUUGAAGAUGAGAUAUUAAAAGCGGCGGUACAAAAGUAUGGUAUUAACCAAUGGGCUAGGGUUUCUUCAUUAUUGCCCAAGAAGACAGAUUUACAAGCUAAGGCGAGAUGGAAUGAGUGGCUAGACCCGACAAUUAAUAAGCUGAGCUGGAGUUUGAAGGAGGAUAAGAGAUUGCUAGAGUUGACCAAACUCUUGCCCAACCAAUGGCGAACAAUUGCCCUGGUGAUUGGAAGAACUGCUACCCAGUGUAUCGAAAGGUUUCAGAAAUUACUAGAUGAAGAAGCUGGCAUCACAACGCAGGAUUUGAGAUUAUCGGGCCCCGGAAUCGAAACUUUGCCUGCAGUGGGAGAAGCUUUUGUUGCAAGUCUCUCUCACGAACCUCGCAGAGAAGAGGAUUUGAAUAUUGCCCUAGAGGCUUUACCGGCAAUAGCUGAUGAAAAUGAGUUGGAAGAUGUCGAUAGAGAAAUGUUGGCCGAGGCAAGAGCGCGGUUGGCCAAUACUCAGGGAAAGAAAGCCAAAAGAAAAGCAAGGGAAAGGAUGUUGGAGGAAAGUAAAAGAAUAGCCCUUUUACAGAAAAGAAGAGAUAUGAAGGCAGCAGGAAUUAGUAUUAGCUUGAAAACCAGAAAUAAUAAAAAGAACAAGAAUAAGGAGUUUGACUACAAUGUUAGCAUUCCACAUGAAAUUGUUCCUGCUCAAGGUCCUUAUGACAUUACCAAAGAAUUGAAAGAAAAUGAAAAGGAAACAAAUCAGUUCAAGCACCUUGUUGCAAAGAGGGGAAUAAGCUUGAAAGAAGUUGACGAUAAGAUACGAUCCCAACAAGAAAAGACUAAACAAAGUAAGAAUCAAAAGAGGAAAUUGCAACAAGAAGAAGAAGAAGAAGAAGAAGAAUCUAAGACAACAGGUGAGGGAUUAAUACAGUUUAAAAAGAGGAAAGAAUGUAGAGAAAAAGAAACUCUUGAUAUUGACACAAGUCAAAAGAAGGAUAAAGAAGAAGCAGAGUUGCCUCUGCUUACAAGAAAACCCAACAAAUCAAUUUUACCAUUUAUCAAAGGGUUAUUUGACAAACUUCCCGAGCCAAAACACCAUAGAGGUGAACCAAAACUUGUUUUUGAAGGCACUGAAAAUGAAGAUGAGCUGUUGCUGCUUGUGCAGCAGCAGCAAACUGACCAGAUGGACCAGAUGGAGCAGUUAAAAGUACUAAGUCAGAUAGACAAGGAAAAAUUGAAUAGACGCAGAACACAAGUUGUGCAACGUAACUUACCGAUUCCACACCCUUACUCAAUAAAAGAAAAUAACCUGCCUUUGAAUAGUAGAGAGGUGGACGUGGAAGCGCUUGUUGGUUUGGAAGUUUUGAAUCUAGUUGGAUCGGACUACAGGAAACACCAAAACCCCAAGUUUACCGCUCCCCUCGUUACCGAGUUGGAUGAAGAGUUGUACAAUGAAGUCAACCAACAAAUUGACCAAGAGCUUUUAAACAUCAAAAAGGAGGAAAAAGGUUUGGUUUGCAACUUUGAACUUGAAAAGAAUGUCAAAGUGGCUGAAAAUGUAAUUGCGAAAUUACACGAAUUAUACAACAGUUCAGAAGCAUUGCAAAAACAGUUGAUGAAAUUUACAGAUUAUGAACACCAAAGAGACAUGAUUUUGAGCCAGAUUGAAGAGAAUUAUCUUUUGCUAGUUACCGAAGAUGAAAAGCUUAAAUUAACUAGGUAUCAAGCUAUGGAAGAGGAAAAAGAGAUGAAAUUGGAAACACAACGACUAAAUCAUGAAGUCGAUAGACUAUAUUCCAAAAUCGAUGCAAAGUGCUAA